GUAAAAGCGCAACGUGGUUAAUACCACGUGACCAAUUCCUCACGUAUUCUAGAUUGUCCAAUGGAAAAUAAGAUUGGUCUUCUUGAAAACAUGUCUCCUAUGAAGCUGUGUGUUCCAGGGGAGAGGCUGUGCAGCACGGAAGACUGUAUUCCAGGGACAGGCACCUACUUGCGCCAUGGAUACAUCUUCGCCUCUCUUGCUGGCUAUGUUCUGAAGAAGAAUGAAGGAGAAGAGCUUCCUGUGAUAUCUGUUGUGAGAGAAACAGAGGCACAAUUGCUACCUGAUGUAGGUGCUAUUGUCACAUGCAAGGUUACAAGUAUCAAUCCAAGGUUUGCUAAAGUCCACAUCCUCUAUGUUGGUUCCACGCCCCUGAAGGACAGAUUCAGAGGAACAAUCAGGAAAGAAGAUGUUCGAGCAACAGAAAAAGACAAGGUUGAGACGUACAAAAGUUUCCGGCCUGGAGACAUUGUCCUUGCCAAAGUGAUCUCUCUAGGUGACGUUCAGUCCAACUAUCUGCUGACGACAGCGGAGAAUGAGCUGGGCGUGGUGGUGGCCCACAGUGAGGCAGGUGUGCAGAUGGUUCCUAUAAGCUGGUGUGAGAUGCAGUGCCCUCGCACUCAUGCCAAGGAGUUCCGCAAAGUGGCCAGGGUGCAGCCAGAGUAUCUCCAGGCCUGAGCGAGGUUCUGCUAUGUGGUCCCCUGACUCAUGACCUCACAUUCCCUUUCCUUGAGGAACACACAGCUUCAACACAGCUACCCCAGACAAGCAGGCCACACCCAGUGUAAGAAUGGGGUAAAUGGCUGUAGUCCCAACUCAUGGAGACAGACUUGGGAGUUGGCUAUAUCUGGCAUGAUGACUAGAUACUUUUUAUUUUAUUUUUUUGUAAGUUGACACAGCUCACAAGAAUUAAAAGCCAUCGGGAUUUUGAAGUAAAUGUUUCUAAUAACAAAUUGUAAUUUACAGCACUGUUUUGAAGACUUUGAAUAUAUUAUCCCAAACCAAAUAAAAUAUUUUUGACUAAA